AUGGAUGAACAGAAUGAAUUCGAACAAGAUUUCAGAGAUGAAUUUACCGAUGGAGCGUUUUUUUCUGAAUCUGAUGUGUCAGAUUAUAUUGUUGAAGCCGCUUAUGCGGUUGACUCCGUGCAAGACAUUACAUCUUUGAUAUUUAGUGAGAAUGUUGCGGAGGAAAUUGGCAAAUACCAGUUUUCUACUUUGCAUCUUGCAUUUGAUUUUUAUAUGAAGUACUCAAAGUCGAAGGGCUUUAGUGCAAGGAAGAGCAAGACCUUCAAGAAUAGUAGUGGCGAGAUUUACAGACAAAUGUUUGUAUGCCAUAGGCAAGGAUUCAGGAUGGAGAAAUAUUACACGAUGGAAAAAAGGAAGAAGGAACCUAGAAUGGAAACAAGAACUGGAUGUCAAGCCCGAAUGGAUGUUAAAUUUGUACCAGAAAGUGGAAGGUGGCAUAUCUUUUAUUUCUCUGACCAACACAACCAUGAUCUAUUGGAUACACAAUUCAGUGCUAUGUUGCCUGCCCACAGAAAAAUGUCAGAGGCAGAUAGUAUGCAAAUGAUGAACAUGCUAAAGUCAGGGAUCAGCACCUCACAGAUAUUUGGUCUUCUAGCUAGUCAAGCAGGCGGGUACGAAUUUGUUGGCUAUGGUCCCAGAGAUAUGUACAAUUAG